AUGAAACUCGUGUACCCUCAUGAUGAUUCAGAUUUUAACUUCUCUAUAGGAUGGCUUGGGAAAUUCAAGAACCUACAUGGCAUAAAGUCAUUUCGUCAUUUUGGCGAGAGUGAGUCUGUUGAUGUACAAGACAUGGAGCAGAAAAUGGUAUUGAUUCGGGAGAAAAUUGAUCAGUUCCCUAUGAAAGAUGUUUUCAAUAUGGAUGAAACUGGGUUGUUUUAUAGGCUACAAGCUGAUCAUUCACUGGCAACAAAACAACUUGAAGGAAGAAAAUAA